AUGGCUGCCACCAACGAUCAGACACCGUCAUUUCGCUGCGACUCCCCGCCUCCGGACGCUCUUCCAACACCAGCUAUCGGUGCAUGUCCAGAGCUCUCCCGCUGCUUGUCGACGACAUCCUCUUGGUCGCAUGGCAGUAACGAUGCCAAUCCUCGGGAUGCUCUGGGCAUAGAGAAGUUCAAUCGUCAUUCCACCGGAAGCCUCGACACUAGCAUGCUGAAGAAUCGCCAUCCAGAUAUUUCGGCCAUUUCUCGUCACUCCAGUUAUAACUUUGACGGCAGGAGUCGCCGACGGGGAUAUAUGCGGCCACAAGGAACUGAUUUUGCCGCCAGCGCCCGAUCCCGCGAGAGCGUGAUGAGCCUGGGCAGCAUUGCGCAUCUGCAGUACUAUUUUGCUCGAACAGGCUUACUUGAUGGCAAGGGUGGUCAACUGGCCAGGAAGAAGCAGCAGCGCGCCACCCUGGAUCUCUCUUCCUUGGACACGAAUGCCGAAGCUUUGCCCAAGAUCGUUGGCUCGGAUUUUGACUCGUCAUACGCUUCUACCGACAGCAGCCCAGAUUUCAGCUCACAGGGCUUCGGUACCGACCUUGUUGAGUCUCCCAUCGAGGGGCUGGAUGAUUAUUAUGAGGACAACUUCAGUGACCUUGGCGGUGAUAUGCUCCCACCGACUGUGAGCACGUAUCACCACCGUGAAAAGGUGGUCCCCAAGCCACCCACCAUUCUGGAGCUCAAGUCAGAACUCGAGCAGACGCUUGGCGACGCUAAGAAGGCACUGAAUGAAGUUGAGGCGCGAAGAACCGGUACUUACGAGGAACCGUCCAGUGCCCCUGACUACCCCAACAUGCCAGCGGAAAACACACAAGGGUGGUUUGAGCUGCAAGGAAUGCAUAUUCUCGAUGUUGUUACGUUGGCAAUCCGCGCGGCAAAAAUUUAUUACACAGCGCACGAACUGCCUGACCGUCUUGACUCUAUUAAGCCCGAGAAGCAAGUCAGGGCAGAUCUGUUGGCUGUCAUGGAGACAUUAAGGCAGAUGGCCACCCGAAAUUUCAAAGAAGGUAUGAGGGAAGAGGAGAUCAAAACGAUGAAUGGCUGGGUCGAGAGUGUCUUUGAUAUCUUGAAAAAGGAACAGGAGAUCGAAGACGCGGAGAGGGCUGAACGGGUCGGCUGGACAUGGCUCAAGGGCGACUGGGCUGGUCGCGAACUGGAGCGGGAACGGGCGUUUCUCAUGUCCAUGGACACGGUUUCUGAACCUUUGCCAGAAUGGAAGUCAAUGUCGCCUUCAGAUGCGAAGCCUACCCCUUUCCUCGAAGCCAUGCAGAAUGGUGUGCGACUGGUUAAACUUCACAAUGCCGUUGUGCACAAAUCGCGACGACGAUUUGGUGCCAUUGGAAGCUUUCAUACUGAUACCCAGAAGCCCUAUCGUUGCGCUGACAACUUACGGUACUGGGUCAAAGCUGCCGAACUGCGCUUCGAGGUCAUGUUGAAAGUCGAUGUGCUCGGAGUCCAGUACAACACAUCUCCACAGGCUUGGAUUGAUUUUGAGACCGCCAUUCUCAAGUGGUCUCGCCAUGUGCGCGAGGAGAUCACUCGCGAGCUUGAGUUAUAG